AUGGAAUCAUAUAAUCAUAAUGCAAAUAGAAAAAGAAAACUUAGUAAAUCUAAACAACAACAACAAGAAGAUUUAAAAAGAAAAACUAAUUGUUUUGGACGAUGUUAUACUAGAAAAAAACAUGAGAAUAUACCGAUUAAAAAAGAAAAAAUACUUGAAGAAUCUAAUGCAGAUAAAAUUAGAAAUGAACAAGUUGUGUCUAUGCCAUAUUUAACACGCUCACCAUUGUAUAAUGAAACGACAUUUUGUCCAAAAACUACUGAAUCAUUCUAUGAUCCAUGUAUUGAAUGUACUGUACAAUAUGGACCUGAUAUAUACGAGAAUCUUUCUAGAAAUUUUCAAUCUAUAAACAAAGAGUUAAAUGAGGGUGAUAAGUCUAUUUCAAUGGAACAAUUUGAUAUAUUUCCAAAUGAAAUUAAAAACGAUGUAAAUUCAUUUGUCAAUAAUAUUAUCGGUGAUGGAGUUGAUCGAAUAUCAGAAAUAAUUAGAACAAAUACAUCGGAUCAAUACAGAGGAAAAGAGUUUAUAAUAGAUAAUAAAUUGUCAACACAUUCUGGACAUCAGUAUUCAGGACUUGUCUUUGAAAAACAAAGGUUGCAGAAAACAUCUCAGACGAGUCAUUAUUCAUCAGUUGAUCUUCCUAUAAAUGAUAUAUCAUUACGACCCGAUGUACAUGGAUAUGAUUGGAAUUUAGCAACAAAUUUCGAUCAAGAAAAUUCAUCACGAAAUCAAGAACCUUAUAAUUGGGAUUAUCAAUGGCUAUCACCAUCGGUUGAUUCAACUUCAAAAAUUCAUUUGAUUGAUAAUUGCAUAAAUGACACAAAGAUAUUUCCAGCAGAUAAUAGUAGUAUUAAUUCUUCAUACAGUAUUACAUCAGUAUUAGUAUCAAAUAAACCACAAAAUUCAAAUAUAUCUUUGAAUAUUUCACAUCAACAAAAAUCUUCUUCAACUUUAUCUCAAGAAAAUAAUCCGCUACCGACAAUAAACUCAUCUCAUGUUCAAUUAUCACGAACAAUUGUGAAUGAAAAAGAUCAACGAGUUUUAACCGAUAUAGAUACAAAACAAUUGGAAAAUAUUACAAGUAUAAAUACAGAAGAUCAAAUCAUUCCAACUAAAACAAACAAUACUGUUGCGUCAGUUCAUUCUACAUAUGACGAUAUGUAUAUACAUUUAUAA